CACAACAGUCUGAGUCAAGCCGUUUGUAGUGAAAGAUCGUGCCGUUGAGUUCUCUUGAUCAUAUAUCAAUAUUUCCAUUGAGUAUGCGCGCUGCCGUAUCUAUCAGAUAAAAAAGUAUCUACAAAAUUAAAAACAACAACAAAAAGUCUGUGUGUUCUUUUUAUCAAAUCUAUACUAUUGUCGUCUCGUCUCUCUGUACCUCAGAAAAGAUAACAUUUUCUAUUGUUUCUUUUGAAGAUAUCUCGUUAACAAUUUAUUGUUUGACACCUUUCUACUUUUGUGUCAUUUAAUUUUUUGUAUUUAUUUAAAUUAAAUCAACAACAAUACAAUAACAACAAAUUAAACAGUGCAAAAAGAUAUACCUACCAACCUACCUUAUGACGACUCUUAAGAACGAGUCAUACGAUAUUUCUGAGAAUAUUUAAUUUUUUUCUUUAUACGAAUCAAGAAACAAGAAAAAAAGUUGAUUUUUUGGAAUUUCUUAAGCUUAAGUUUUCGCGUGUGGAUGUUGUGCUGUGACGUAGGUGCACACUUUUGUGCACUAUACUGAAACAUGUAAUUAGACAGGCGAUCGUGUUUCGGAACCGUUAUUAAGAUCGCAGAAACAAAUUAUUAAAGUCUACCUAUAUAAGAUACAAUUUGCCAUAAAGAUAUUUUUCUUGAAAAAAUUGUAUAAAUUGCAUUCUCAAACCUCGGUCGGACUCGGCUAGUUAAGUUUUUCUGUUUUUUUUUAAUCUUAUCUUAAAUGAGGGUAUUUAUAGGUAACUCGGUGUAUGAUUACCUGGAGUGUGUUGUGUAUAUAGAAAAUGAUUACAGUGUGUGAUUUACCUGGGCAGGCUAACCGUCUAUUAAGUAUCCAAUCCAUAUAAAGUAUAUCUAAGUGCCUAUAGCCUAUGUAGCCUAUAUCUAUAACUGGCUUAUUAAUCUGCUAAACAAAACCGUAGUUAAAGAAUAAGAAGAAGAAAAAAAAAAGUUAUAAUAAGCUAUAAGAAGAUUGAAAUAAUAAGAAAACAGCAAACAACAAAGAUACAUCGUGCAAUAAGUGUAUCUAAACAAUAAGUGAUUCACAGUGCAUUACACUCUCUAGAUAUAUUCGCGAACCGAAGACCGAUCCAAAACCGAACCGGGUUUUCACAUUCGUCGCUCGUCGAUCGCCGCUGCCGCUUAGUAUAGUACGGAUACAAGUACGAGAGUAUCUGAGUAGGUAUAAGGUUUUAAUCUUUUCUAUGCUGACUUCGCCGGUCUGACUACGACGAGGACUGCCUCAAACGCAGAUGGUUUUUACAUUAUUUUUAUGCGCUUCUUGGAAACUUUGGAAACAUCUUUCUAAAUAAGGAACACAUAGAGAUCCCAUAGUCUCUUCUUGGGCAGCACCAACAUCCAGCUUUAGCAAAUACUUAAAACCACAAUUUCUUCAUCCAGUUGUUGCUUCUUUCUCCUCAUCAUCAUCAUCAGCAUCAUCAUCAUCUUCAGCUUCUAACAUGGAUAUAGAAUCAGACGACUCUGAACGCUGGGAGGACUUCUUUGGAAGCUCAACAGAUCUCACACCCUCAUUGCUGGGUAUUUAUGACACACUAACUGGCAGCCUCGUUGAAACCACCCCAAAAAAACAGAGAAGCCUUCCAGAUCUCACCGAAGAUAAGAAUGAAGAAGACACAACCAAUAAUCAAAAUCUAAAUAUCGAAGAAAUUCUCGUCACUUCGAAAACAUCAAUUCUUGACGAAUCUGACGCUGAACAAGAAUCAGCUCUGAAAUUCGACAGAAAUGGUAAAUUUAGUCACAGUAAAAUUUGUUUUAUUUCACACAAUAUCCAAAGACUCUUGCAACACACCGAUUCAGUGAAGAAAAUCGAUGGUGAUGCCAUAAGACAGCAGAAAAUAAGUCAAGAGCCCAAGGUGGCUCAUAAGUUUGUCAAAAAGAAUCAAUCCAAACAUCAAUUGGUCAUUCCGCUGUCGAAAACCACUUCGAAAAUCACUCAAUCGAGUAAGGAACUUGUGGAGACUUUCAGCUCGAGUACCGAGUACUUGGAUAAUAUUGGAAGUGGUGGUCUUGGGCGUGGACGGAAUUAUCCACCAAACACUCCGAAGCAAUUCGACAGUGAAAAGACUCCAACAAAUGCAACAAAUGAAGCUUUUAACUUCGAAAUUGCAACACCAAAGAAGACGACUCCUGUCACACCGCCCUCGUUGCUCGACACCGAUGAGGAUAUUAUCGAAGUUGAUAAAGUAAUGGAAUUGGGAGCCCUCUACGAUCGAGACACCAAUCCUAAGAUGGCCGACGUUAUCGAGGCUUAUAACUAUUCGGUGGGUCUGAGUUUGAGUGAAGUUUCGACAACAAGCACUGACUUGAUGGAAAAUAGCAUUUCAUCAGUAGAGACUUUGGCAAAGAGUGUCGAAGCAUCUCCUACAGGAUCUCGUAAGCCUAGUCCACAAUCUUCCCCUUUACUCACCUAUUCUCGUUUGUCUGCUAAUAAGGCUUCGACUCCGAUCUCAUCACCCUUGAGCAAGACUACCAAUAAUGAACACUCCAAAACUUCAAUGGAAAGUCUGACAGAUCGUCUUAGUGAAAUGAAAUCCAAAUUCUCACCAAGAGAAUCACGUAAAAUGAAAUUAAUGCCACAAGAAAUUACCUUCUUAAAACAUCGUCCCUUAUCGUCUUCGUCAAUUUCCUCAACUUCUUCGAGUUCAAGUUCAGGUUCGGAACACAUCAAACCAGCAACAUCAUAUCUGGCAAGUGUGGAGAGUCUUGCCGAUCAUAGUGAGAACGAAAUUGAAAACCGUCAUGGAACUUAUACGGUCUUUGAGAGGGCUUGCAUGGAGCUUGUCGACACUGAGACAAAUUAUGUGGAGGACUUGGGACAAGUUAUAACCGGAUACCUGCAGGAUUGGAGAGAACGGCAUUUUAUUCCUCCGGAUCAGCUUUCGAUACUCUUUAGUAAUAUUGAAGAUAUCUACGACUUCAAUUGUACCCUGCUGAAACAGCUUAUUACUUCUGGACUUAACCCUGCCAAAAUUGCCAAGUGCUUUAUUGAUCUCAGGGACAGGUUCGAUGUAUACACGACUUAUUGCACCAGUUACCCAGAGGCAAUAUCACUUCUGACAAGUCUUAUUCAGGAUACCUAUACGAACGCUAUUUUAAAUUCAACACAAAAGAGGCUUCAUCAUUCAUUGCCAUUAGGUUCAUAUCUUCUAAAGCCAGUUCAAAGAAUCUUAAGAUAUCAUCUUUUGCUUGAUAACCUACGUAAACAUUGUGAUGUUAAAGAAGUUUCAGAAGCACAUGAGAUCAUGCAAGAUGUAGCUGCAAAUAUCAACCAAGUCAAAAGAAAAUUGGAACAGCAAAGCCGUGUUAAAGAGUUGUCGGGAAUUCUAGAUGGCUGGAUGGGACCAAAACUUACAGUUCUUGGUGAUCUUAGACAAGAGGGAAUUCUGAUGGAGCACAAUAAGCCUAGGAGUGUUUUUCUAUUCGGUACAAUGUUGAUUAUAACAAAGCCUAAGGAAGACGGAAGGUUGCAAUUCAAAAGAUUGAUUCAGCAAAAUAACUUGAUGCUAAAUGAACACCUACCGGGUGAACCCACAAGCUUCUACGUUAUCCCAUAUGAUGAUCCACGUAGUCAAAUCAAAUUGACAGCUCGGAAUCGUGAACAAAAACGUGUCUGGGCUCAAGACAUCAAGAGUGUGAUGUUAGAAAGAUUCAAUAAUAUACCAAAUCGAGCUAGAGAAUUGGUCUAUAAGUUGGGUGAUGAGGAAGAUCGAACCCCGGACACAAAUAAAUGGAAAUGGCCAUUGAACAACUCCAAGCCUAUUUACCUUGAACGUCGAAAUGAAUUUCGACGUAGUGAAAUUCGUAAUCGUUCGAAAAUCAAACGUAAGACUUCUGUCACCAAUUCGACAUCAUUUGAAGGUUUCAAUAAUAAACAAUCAGAAUUGGAACAUCGUGCAUUGUCGAAAAAUCUCAGUAUGGAUGAUAAUAUGAUGGCAACCCUACCAAGAACUGGGGGAUCAACUACCACAGAAGAGUGUUGUUCGAAUGCUCCUGAUUGUGAGUGUCCUACUCGCUCGACAAAAUCCUCCCACAUCAAUCCUGCUCUGAGUAAAUUCAACAAGGAGCGCAGCAAGUCCGUACCAAGAAUGAGUGUUCUAUCAUCGGAUUUGGACGAACAGCAAAUUGUCAUCAAAGAGAAUUUGGAUAGUCGGGUGUCGAAAUCAACCAAAUCAGUGGAAGUUAAAAUGUACAAUACAAAGACCAUACCUAAGAGAAUUGCCACUUUGAAGAAGAACAAGUCGAAGAAGGAGACAUCCACCUUUUACAUGGAUCUGAAUGAUGAGUUCGAAGAGACUGUUCUUCGAAUCACCGAGUCCACAGAGAAUUUAAAUGAAAUUGAAGCUGCUGAAGAGGCCAUUGUAGAAGAGUACGAUAGCAAGAAAGAUGAAGGGCAAGACCAAGAAAUUGAGAAGGAUGGAAACUCCUCGAAUGAGAACACACGAAAAGAAGAUGCCCAAAUAGUUCUCGACCUGGUGACAAAAAAGAUUGACUUUGACAGAAUCCAAAAGAAGCCUCAAAAGAAGAAGUCUUUGGAAAAUGGUUCAAGCCCCUUGAAUAGUCCAGAUCCUUUGGGUAAUUCGGAGGAGCUUCCUCCUCGACCACCAUCGAAGUCACCUCCACCUCUGGAAGUUGACGAGUCUACAGAUCCCUCAGAGCCAAUUUAUGAAUCACUUCUGAGAAACGUCCACGUGCCGUACAAAUUUUCACCGAUCCUCAAUCGGUCCAAGUCUCAACAGUAUUACAAGCCCCGGGAGAAGAAAUCCAUCCCAACCAACAGGCCCGAAUCGGACUAUGUCACUUUGGUCUAUUCGGCCUCAGGUAAUUUACAGAAAAUCGGUGAUGACCUAGUCGGCGGUUUCUCAGGUGGUGCACAGCUUCGAAGCAGCGAUUCGAAGAUCAAUUAUGAAACACUACCAAUCAGAGACGUUUGUCAAUCAGCUCCCACUUCACCGGAGAUUUCAAGUCCAAAUCAGCCCGAAGCCAUCUAUGCUCGUCCAGUAACAAAAAAUAAUCUGGUAAAAAGAUUGCUAUCCAGUUCCAAAUCCGAAAACGUAUCGGGCUCUGAAAGCUCGCUGAUCCCGCGAGUUCGAAAGAGCAUCGAAUCGGCGACGCAGAGUUUCGGAAAAAUCAACAAGCCCCCAGAGAGACGAGUCUCUGACGUUACUGAUAUGUGCCGCCAGAGCUACCUCCAUCGUCAAGGUAGCGAAGCAGUUGGCGAACGAAUUGCUAACGUCGAUUACGCCGAUCCAAAGACCCUCUUCACUAACGGCUCCGUGAAUAAUUCCGCUGCUUCGCUCAACAUCAAAGGGGACUCUGUUUUUUCACUCACCUCCUCAAGCGACAGUGUUUUCGAUUUCUGCAAGAAGAGGCGAGACAAACCAAUGAAUUUGGAGUAUCUAGACAAUGUUGCAGCAACAUGUUUCGAGAAAGACUUUCGUGAUUCAGCAAUUUACAGUGACGACAACGAAAAACGUCAUGACUACGGCGACUCCCAGCCUAACGGCCACUCAGAUAGUCCACCUCCACUGCCUCCACCACGCAAAUCUUGUGGUCUUUCUAACCCAGCUGUAAUCGUGGGUCCCGCGCAUAUGUCCAGCUCAGCCUCGAGAAGUUGGGUUAUGAAACAAAUUGAAAAUUUCAACCGUGAAAAUCAACAUCAAUGAAGAACCAACCCGUCUUUAUAAACCGAUUUUAUAUACAAAAAUUAUACAACUUACUUAUUGUAGACUUAGAACCUAAGCCAUAUUAGAUAUUUAGGGUAAACAAAUAUUUUAAUGUUAACUUGUUUUUAGAGAGCUUAUGUUUUUUUUUUUCUGUAUAAUUUAAUUUAUAAAAAUCUAAAAAAUCUAAAAUAUUAAAAUAUGCACAUUAUGAACAUUUUAAAGGUACUGUUUAAAAUUAAAGAAAAAGCUUUAAAGCUUUAUUAGUCCAAUCUACUAGAAUUUGUAAUUUUUUGUAAAUUUUUUUGGAUACACAAUUAAACAAAUAAAUAAAACAUUGGAUUGUUUAUAAACAAAUGAAAAUUAGUCCAUAAUAAUUUAGAAAUGUAAGUUACGCUUGUUGUUUGUCUUUUAGACUCUUCUUUUUAGGGCAGUUUUAUGAUCUUUCAGAAUUUAUAUUAUAAAAUAUUAUUAUAUUAUAAUAUAGUGUACCUUUUAUGUGUACAAUUCAUUGCAAUAAUGUUAUUAUAAAUAAAUGUUUUCAAUAAAAACUUAA